AACGGUUUCAUUAUGGGUACUUCGAAUAUGUCGUUUAUCCGGCGAUGAUUUCAACUAUUGUAUUUAAUUCGACAAAAAUACCUAAACAAGUGAUGGAAUUCACGAAACAUACCAUGACUACUUUUGGUCGACUUGUUUUCCGAGCAAAAGCAAAAGGAAGCAUGAAUCUACAUACACAAUCGAUUGCAAUGCAAAAAGAAAUUGGGAAACAAUCAGAAACAUCCUUCCCUUGGUGGGAAAGCCACUAUUUAUUAACACGUUUGAAUAAAGUUCGCAUUCCUUUCAUUCAAAAUGGCAUUCAUGAAGUUGGACUACUCAGAAGGCAGACCGGAACUGUUAACAAAACUCGCUUGGAAGGGGUUAAAAUUCUAGAAGUGGGUUGUGGAGGAGGAAUAAUUUGCGAAGAAUUAGCCAGAUUAGGAGCAGAUGUAAUCGGACUUGAUAUCGACUCUAAAGCCAUCAACGAAGCACGAAAGCAUCAAUUAUUAGACAAUUCCAUAAAAGAUAAUUUAAAAUAUAUAAACGAUACGAUUUACGAACACGAACGAGAAAAUUCCGAAAAAUACGACGCUGUCGUCUUAUCCGAAGUUAUUGAACACAUUCGAAACGAAGAGAAAGAAAAAAUCUUAUCGAGUUCAAUAAAUACUCUUCAACCAGGGGGUUCAUUAUUCAUUACAACGCCCAACAAAACAAUUUCCAGCCUCAUAAUCGUAAUAUUUUUAGCAGAGAUGUUCAACAUUAUUCCCAAAGGGACUCACUUGUACGACGAGUUCAUCGCUCCCGAAGAUUUAAUCAAAAUGAUCGAGAAAAAUAAAUGCGAAAUUAAAACCGUCGAUGGAAUAUAUUACAAUCCAUUCAGAAAAGAGUUCGUGAAUUCUCGUCGUUGGUCGUUAUAUUAUGGGAUUCAUGCUUUAAAAAUCAAUGAAAAAUCACAACCUGUAAAAUAUGACCACAUUGGCCAGUGAUUUUACAAGUUCUUAUGAGAAUAGUUUAUGAUAAUUAAUAAGUAUGCUUUCUUAACAACUUUACUGCGAAAUAUAGACGUUGACACAUUACGAAAAUUCGCCUAUAACUGUGCCCAACGUGAUUUGGCCAAAAAAUGUUCCAAAAACUGUAGGUAAUUCAAGUUGUAUUUCGAUUAAUAAGGGAAAGGAAUAGACAGGCAUGUAUCUAGUUUAUAGUUGGCCUGAAAAUAAUGGAGAGAUUUAAGAAGUCGACCUGGAGCAUUUGAAAAUUUUCAAAAUGGACACCAAAUGAAAAUUUCGAAUGCCUUUAGCAACACUGAUACGAGUGAGCGUGAUGUUCACGAGACGAUGACGUGCUAAAUGGGCAUUAAAUGGGUUAAUUAUCGUUUUGUUUUGGCGGUUGAUUAAUGCAGCAAAGAUUAUUCUAUACUGAUUGUACAGAAGAAGGGCGCCUUAUUUGGUGCGAGA